GGCGAGCUCUUUAGUUUUUAAUUAGUCUUGCAGGUUCGAUGUAAUUGCGUGUUGCAAUAUCCUAAUCCAACCCAGGACUCUGUCCUCCUCCUUCACCCAUCAAAGGGCCAACCACACCCCACUCGUUCUUAUCUCGUCUUGUGCUCCCAUUGCUGCAUCGUGUUUGCAGUUCGUCUUCUCCCGCUUUUCAGUAGGAUGGAAAACAAGUUAGUGGACGGAACAGCUGAUGAGAAAAUCGAGAAAAGGAGGCUACCAUACCGAUUGAUAAAAAAAAUUACCAAUGACUUCGAUAAGGAGCGAAUACUUGGCAGUGGUACAUUCGGAACAGUUUACAAGGGUGUUUUUGAAAAUGGAGAAGAUAUUGCUGUCAAGGUACUACAUAACAGCAUAUCAGGACUUGAUGGUGAGGAAUUUCGAAAAGAAUUCCAAAUCCUUAGGGAGCUCAAGCAUCAAAACGUUGUGGAGUUGGUGGGCUUCUGCAAUGAACCAGAGGAAGUACUUGUAGAGCACGAGGGAAAACAAGUGGUUGCUCUUGAGAUGCAUAGGGCGCUCUGCUUUGAGUAUGUACACAAUGGUAGUCUUCAUACUUAUAUUUCAGAAGUAUAUACAGGACUUAACUGGCACACACGUUACAAAAUAAUAAAAGGGAUAUGUGAGGGUUUAAAAUAUCUUCGAGGGGGGUUGAAAUCUUCUAUAUGGCAUCUGGACUUGAAGCCUGAUAACAUAUUGCUAAAUAACAAAAUGAUACCAAAAAUUGCUGACUUUGGUUUAUCAAGGCUCCUUGGUGAAGAAAAAACAAGAAAAACCCUCAAAUGUUUUGGAACACGUGGAUAUUGGGCACCGGAAUUCAUAAACCAUCAAGUAAUCUCGGAAUACUCUGACAUAUUUAGUUUAGGUGUUAUAAUCGUAAAGAUAAUGAUCGGGUCCGAAGGGUACACACGAAUUGCUGAUAUGACGACUCGGAAAUUUGUUAAGCAUGUACAUGAAAGCUGGAGGGGAAAACUACAUGGCAUAGCAAAGCCCAGAUCACUUGAAGUAUACUGCAAUCAAGUGAAGAGAUGCAUUGAGAUAGCAUUACAAUGCUUGAAACCGAACAGGCAAGAAAGGCCUACUAUAGAGAAUAUCAUUUCUAGUUUGAACGAGACAGAAUCAAUGAUAGGUGACCGAGGGCUGCAGAUAGAGCAGUUUGACGAUGGUGGAGAUUCCGUCCCUCAUUCCAUGAGUAGCAUCACCUCCGAAACUUCUUCAGAAGGAAAAGGUGAAACCAGGAGGCCCAAUUACAAGUGGAACAGCUUCCAUCAUCCGACUGCAGUGAAAUACGACUACGACGUACUGCAAAAUAUGACAGAUGAUUUCUCUAAGGAUCGACUAAUCGGUACCGGUAGAUUUGGAGAUGUGUACAAGGGAGUCAGUAAAGAUGGACAAGUCAUUGCUGUGAAGCACUUCCGUUCGGUUGACGAGAAGCUAUUCCAAGAUGCAUUCCGAUACCAUGUGCUGGCCCAGCAUCAAAAUAUUGUCAAAUUAGUUGGCUACUGCCACUCAGUUCAACAACCAAAGUUGACCAUAGUAGUAGAUAGCGACGGAGGUAUCUUUAUUGUUUCCGCCGAGGAUCGUCGUCAGGAGGUGCUCUGCCUGGAAUACAUGGCAAAUGGAUCUCUUGAACGGUACAUUUCAGACGAGUGUUCUGGACUCAAUUGGCACUUACGAUAUGGAAUAAUCAAGGGCAGUUGUGAAGGCUUAAGAUACCUCCAUGAGGAAUUAGAAAGUCCUAUUAUCCAUAUGGGCCUGGCACCUAGCACAAUAUUGCUUGAUGAGAAUAUGAUUCCGAAAAUAGGAGGUAUUGGUAUGUCAAAACUUGUUUACAAACAAACCAGCCUCAGAGGAACUUUCUUGGGAUUUCCCGGGGAAACAUCUUUGGUGGGAUCAGUCGCAUAUAUGCCGCCAGAAUUCAUUGAUAAACAAGUAAUCACAAAACAAUAUGACAUAUACAGCUUGGGCGUUGUCAUCAUAGAGAUAAUAACAGGGAAGAGACACUUUCCCAAAAGUGAUGAACUGUCUUCCAAGGAGUUUAUCGAGUGUAUUCAUAAAAGAUGGACGAAUCAGCUACAUGCAACAUGUAUGGGCACCUGGGUGGAAGGAUAUUCCCAACAAGUAAAGAAAUGCAUCGAAAUAGCGUUCAACUGCAUGGAUCAUGAGAGACUCAAAAGGCCCGCCAUUGGUGACAUUGUCAACAUGUUGAAGGACACAGAAACUGUUGAGCUGCUCAAUGUGCACCCUCUAGAGCUAUGCUUCCCCUUGGAUCCAAAGAAGGCCACCUAUUUCUCACUGCUGCUAAACAACAAGGGAGAUGACCGUGUCGCAUUCAUGCUUGCGGCCAAGAGCCCAACAAGUUACCUAGCAAAGUUUCCACUCUGCGGCUUCGUGCCGCCAAGCUGCACCUACACUCUUGUCCUGGCGACGCGGAAGCAAUCUAAGUCGAAACCGCCAUCAGAGAGCCCUGAGUUCAUCGUGCUACAGAGCAUCGCAGUGGGUGCUCAUGACCUCUGUCAUAAUGGUCAAGGUUCUGUCACUGCUUUCUACGAUGACAUGUUUAAGGAAGCCAAAAAGAUGGCGGAUGAUGAGGUGCAGGAGGUGACGCUGAAGGUCGUUCGUGAUCCACUAGUUGAAGCAAAGACGUCUAAGGUAAGCCUGAUUGAUAUCAUAGCUACACAGAAUUCUCAGCAAGUUAUGUCGAUAGAUGUGCAUCCAGCAGAGCCAUGGAUCAUGACGACGCAUCACUGGGGGGCACUUCAUUUUUGGAACUACAAGAGUAUGGCAAUAUUGAGUUCCUUCCAAGUCACCGAGGAACCAGUUUAUGCAGCCAAAUUCAUCCCAAAAGAGAAAUGGGUUGUCGCCGGUGAUGGCAAUGGCUGCAUUCUUGUGUACAGUUACGAAGAACACCAAGAUGUGACGAGCUUUGAUGCUCAUCGUACUAGCAUCACAUGUUUGGCUGUGCAUCCGACACGGCCUUUUGUGCUGUCAUCGUCGUAUGACGAUCAUCUGAUUAAGAUUUGGGAUUGGGAGAAGGACUGGGAGUGCACUCGAACAUUUGAGGGGCACAACAGGGUGGCGCAAAUGACGUUUAACUUGGACAACACCAGCAGUUUCGCCAGUGCUUCAUCGGAUGGCACGGUCAAGAUAUGGAGUGUUGAUUCUGAUGAUGGUAAAAUCAUCACACUGGAUGGGCUCUGCGUUGACUACUUCACGCGCCGUGAUCGGCAGCAUCUGAUCACCGGCACUAAGGACGGCACUGCACAGAUCUGGAACUUGGAGAUGGAAGCUGGAUGUGUUGAAAGGCUAGAAGGGCACAGAGGACGUAUCACUAUCGUCCAUUUGCACCCCGAGCUUCCGCUGCUGAUUACAGGCUCACUUGACGGCACUGUCAGUCUAUGGAACUCCACUACCUAUAAGAUCGAGAAUAUAAUUGCUUUCAACCUGGGCGCAGUUUGUGCAUUUGGUUAUGUAAAGGCCUCGAGAAGGAUGGUGGUUGGAUGCCACAAUGGAAUAGCCACGGUGGAAAUACCUUCUUCUUGAACUUCAUGUUGGAUAGCAAAAAUAACAACAAGGAUUGUUUGAUGGAAUCCAACUGAAACUUGAUAGAUUUCACUCAAUGCCUAAAGUGUGAGGGGGGAAGUGAAAACCACCUAUGGCCCCACCCAAUCCUGCCACGCAUCUACUGACAUUGUUGUAUUUAUGAUUUCACCAAUUCCAACAUAAGUGUGAGUGCACCAAAGAACAGUUCGGUUUGUUUUGUAUG